AUGAAGAAGUCGAUUUUUAUCUUUGUUCUGUUACUUUUGUGUUUCAUAACACUUGCUUACGUCUCAUCACAAGGCUUUUGUGACGCAGACCAAUGCCGACAGUUGGAGUUUACCCCUGAAAAAGCAUUUGACGGCAAACGUCUUAUAAACCACGUCAUUCGCAUCGUUGAAGUUCUGACAAUGAGUUUUUGUGACAACAUAUGUUAUAUGGAACCUGACUGUGUCAGCAUUAAUGUUAAUAAACGAGUGAGCGGUCAUGGACGCCACAAAUGUGAAUUGAAUAAUGUUACUCACGAAAGACACGAACACGACUUGGAGAAGAAAGACGAUUAUUUUUAUCAUGCAGCUGAGAGCGCUUGUGUUGAUAACCCUUGCGAUAACAAUUCUACUUGUCAGAGCGGUUUUACUGACAAAGGAUAUCGCUGUUUGUGUACCACUGGAUUCAAAGGUCCAAGGUGUAAGAAAGAUAUCGAUGAGUGUGCUUUAGGAACACAAGACUGCAGUGAAAAUGCUGUUUGCAACAAUACCAAAGGUUCCUAUAACUGUUCAUGUAAACCUGGAUAUUCUGGAGAUGGACGGACUUGCCAAGAUGUAAACGAGUGUGCUGACGGAACAUCCAAUUGCAGUGCUGAUGCUGUGUGUAUCAAUACCAAAGGAUCAUAUCGCUGCAAAUGCAAAACUGGAUCUACUGGGGAUGGACGGACUUGCAAAGAUAUCGACGAGUGUGCUACAGGAAAAGCCAACUGCAGUGCUGAUGCUGUGUGCAACAAUACUAAGGGAUCGUACAACUGUGCAUGCAAAAAAGGAUACUAUGGAGAUGGAAAUAUCUGCCGUUUGG